CGCGCUCGUGAUUGGCUGCGGGAGCGGCGCUUUUAGAGAGAGGUAACCAGGCAACUUCAGCUGGAACAGCGGAGAGAAAGAACAGGGUAAAGGGUAAAAGAAGCGCAAAAUCCCGUCAGCUUUGGUGUGGGAUAGAAAGGAUGUAGUCCAGGUCUGUGUCUCUCUGUCCCCGGCAUGGGAAAGUGGAUUACUGCUCUUCUGCAGACGUGGGGACCGCGGUAGAGACUGGAUACAGUGAUUGCGCGUGGAUUUUUAUAAUGAGAAACAUGGGAUCUGAACGCACCGGUUUAAAGCCCUUGCUGGGAGUGAAUGAGAUGCCCUGUCGAGGUUAGAGGCAGCAGUGGACUGUUCCAGAGUCAGUGGAAAGCCCCUCUAGAUGAGCCAGUCACAGCCACCCAGCUGCACGGUAAAGGAAUAAGGAUUUAAUAUGUCAACAGAGGCCGAGCUCCAGCCUGCUGCCAGACCCAGCGUCAGAAAGGAUUCCAGGAGAAGAGGGCAGGACCGCAGUGAGGCAGCUCUGAUAAAGCGUUUUAAGGGGGAUGGCGUUCGUUACAAGGCCAAGAUCAUCGGCAUAGAUGAGGUCACCGCUGCGAGAGGAGACAAGCUCUGUCAGGACUCAAUGAUGAAACUUAAGGGAAUCGCGGCCUCUGCACGAUCUAAAGGGGAACACAAGCAGAAAGUUUUCCUCACCGUGUCCUUUGGAGGGAUCAAGAUUUUCGAUGAGAAGUCAGGGGUUCUUCAGCACCACCAUGCAGUCCAUGAGAUUUCCUACAUUGCCAAGGAUAUCACGGACCACCGAGCCUUUGGUUAUGUGUGUGGAAAAGAGGGAAACCAUCGGUUUGUGGCCAUCAAAACUGCUCAGUCUGCUGAGCCGGUGAUCCUCGACCUCCGUGACCUUUUCCAGUUGAUUUAUGAGAUUAAGCAGAGGGAAGAGAUCGAGAAAAAGGCUCAGAAGGACAAGCAGUGCGAACAAGCCGUUUAUCAGACCAUUCUGGAGGAAGACGUGGAAGAUCCCGUGUAUCAGUACAUUGUAUUUGAGGCGGGACACGAGCCCAUCCGUGACCAAUCAGAGGAGAGCAUAUAUCAGGUCCCCACCAGCCAACAAAAGGAGGGAGUUUAUGACGUCCCAAAGCGACAUCCAAACAAACAUAAUGAACAGAUUGAUCUUAUGGAACUAGACACUGACCUCUUGCUGGUCACCAAGAAUAUCAACCAGUUAGAGCUGUUUGGAGACAUGUCCACCCCUCCUGAUAUCACCUCCCCUUCGACCCCUGCAUCUCCGGCUAACACCCUGGACCGUACACUGGCCCACCAGCCUCCAUCCGAACUGUUCACCCCUUUCAACCCUGCCUCUGUACCCUCAGGUUAUGUGACGAUGGGUGCCGUGCCGCCCGCAUGGGCGCAGCAACAGUUUGCCGCUCAGGCCCCAUUAGCGUUUGGCGUCCAGUCCCCUGUGCAAGUUGCCCAGGUCUUACCGGGUGCUCAGCCUCUGAUUUGGGGCCAGGCCAACCUCUUCCCUGCCACCCAGCAACAGUGGGCCGCAAUGGCAGGAGCCCACUUUUCUCCUGCCGCUUUCAUGCCUGCACAGACGGUAGGACCUCUUCCUGCCGCCAUGUUUCAGACACUGCCUCCCAUGGCGGUGCCCGCAUCCUGCGAGAUGCCGACAGCGGCCAUGGGCGGAGCCGUGGCAGGCACCUCCGCCUCCACGGCUUCCAGUCCGCAGCACGGAGAGCGCACGCUGCAGAGACAGGCAAAGAUGAGCAAGGAGAUGUUUAAGGACUUCCAGAUGGCAAAGCCGCCAGCUAUGCCUGCAAGGAAGAGCGAGCAACCUAGCCUGACCUGCACCACGGAGGCUUUCACCAGCUACUUCAGCAGAGUAGGAAUGGCGCAAGACACGGACGACUGCGACGACUUUGACAUCUCGCAGAUGAACCUCACACCUGUGACCUCUACCACGCCCUCCACCAACUCACCACCCACCCCGGCCCCGCGGCAGAGUUCUCCAUCAAAGUCCUCAUCCCAUGCCAGUGACCCACCCACCGAUGACUCUUUUGGUGAAGCAGAGGGCAGCCCUAGUCGGAGUGGGGAAGAGGACGCUGCUGGAGACUCUCAGCAGUCUCCAGGGGCGAGCGAGCCUCGAGCAGAGCCCGAGAGCUCAGAGUCGGACAGUCCUCAGGGGAAGGACCCUCUUUACGCCCGGAUCAAUAAGGGGAAAGUGAAGGAUCAUGGGAACUCUGCACAGACGUGACCGGCGCUGGGGGGAGCAGGAGACCAAAACACUGGAGUUCAACUCUCUGCCCUGUGCGUGUAUGUCUGUGAGUAAAUGCAUAUAUUGGUGUGUGAGUGUGUGUGUGUGUGUGUGUGUGUAAGCAUGUGCACAGGUGUGAGAUUGUAUGCGUUUGUGUAUGUGUGUUUGUUUGUAUGAGCGUGGUCUUCAGGGCUCAGCUGUGACCGGUCACUCCAGCCUCACUGGUCCUCUUCUCCAAGCAGCAUCUCCAAAUGCAGCAAGGCCCGACCCAGCCUUCACAAAGCCUUGUUCGCCUCUCCAGAGCAAUUGUUUCCACCCUCCUGCAAGAAAUGAGAAAGACAGACUUUCUCUCCAUCCCUCUGUUCGUUUCUCACUGUGUUACCUGCACACGGACUAUAAGUGGGGCAUCUGCUAACUCCUCAUAGCCUUAUGAAUCCUUCUUAGUUUUUUUUUGUCCAACUUCCCUCUGUAUAGAGACCACAUGGUAAGGAACUCUUGAGAGUUGACACACAAACAUACACACUCGUGCACCACGUCACAGUCGGACACCGCCACCUCUCCCCAAGCAGAGUAAUCGACCACAGAGUAAUCCGUGUGGAUCCAUCGGUGAAUUAUGCGAUCCAUCCAUCUGGGUUUGUUUGGUUAGCCCCUCUCCCACAUAUUUGAGAUUCUGCUUCUAGAAAGCUAUGCAGAAAUAAAAAACAACAAACUUUCUAUCUCUGUGGACCCUUCCGAUGGAGAACAGACACGAGGCUUUUGCCAAAUCUGAUGCGCUGGACAGGUUUGAAUCCGGUGGGGGAUCCGAGCGUACGGACAUUGCAAAAAUGAACUGAAUCUGUGAUUGAACUGUUCCUUCUCUAUAGCUUUUGUACAAUACUAAUAAGAAAAAACGUGACAUUGAAAUGGAAUUUUUAUUUUAUAAGUCCGUGAAGCCCUUGAAGUCAACUUUAGAUGUGUUUUAGGGUUAAACAUGGCUUGAAAAUCCGAUUGUUGGUUUGCCAAACUCAUUUUGUAAAUAAUAAUUAUUAUUAUUAUUAUUGAUGACAAUGACAAAUAAUACCGAUGAUAAUAACAACAACAGUGUUCAUUCCAUCCUGUGGACUUUUGUGCCAUAAAAUAGGCCGGCCUUAUAGUGAUGCAAACUCCUCAUUAAACGCAAGCAAUAUUAACGUGUCUCACAUUCCCAAGUGGUUUACAUUGCUGUCGCAGUCAAAGCAUGUUGUCUUUUUUAUUUUAGCAGGAUAUGGACACUGGAUUUCUCGAGCUUGAAACAAGCCUGAGAGACUGUUAUGUUAUUAAUAACGGGUCCAGACUGACAGUGUCAUAUAUGUAUGCCGCCUGGUCUUCAGUUUCUCAUCUGGUGUGUUGUCAAGAGAAAGCCGAUAACUGUGGUUUAACUGGAGCUUCUUAAAACUUUAUGUUAAUGCAGCAAUUACAAUGAUACAGUACACAUUCAUGCAAAUGCACUUCAAUAGAUACACAUACAUUCCAAUAAGUCUUAAAGGACUUGUUGACCAAAAAAUGAAAAUUAUGUCAUCAUUUACUCACUCUCGUGUUGUUACAAACCUGUAUACAUGUCUUUGUUCUGAUUAAUACAGAGGAAGAUAUUUUGAGGAAUGUUUGUAACCAAACCCCUUUAUCUUACCAUGGAAGUGAAUGGGGCUUCUGAUCACUUUGGUUACAAACAUUCCACAAAUAUCUUCCUUUGUGUUCAUCAAAACAAAAAAUGCAUACAGGUCUGUAACAAAAUGAAAGUGAGUAAAUGAUGACAGAAUUUCCAUUUUUUUGGGUCAACUAUCCCUGUGAACAUGAGACUCUAUUUACUUUUUAAAUACACAUUCAUGGUUCAUACUCUGUACUAAUAUGAACUCUGAUGCUGUACUUUUUUAAAGGGUACCGCCCCAGUGACAGCUGGGGUACAUAUUAUGACAAUUUUUCCUGACAGUUUUCCUUCUUAUUUGGAAUGCCUAUUGGAUGACGCUGAAUAUUUUUCACACUGAAAUCUGUUUCAUGUUCAUUUUAAGGCCCUUUAUUCACAACUUUAAAAGUUGCAUCAAAAUAUACCUGAUAUCCGACAACCAUUCAGAGAAUGUCAUCAAUAUACUGACAUUAGUUUUUAUUACAUCUAAAAACAUUAGAGCAUUUCAUUGUGAUAACUUCCUCCUAUUUUAUGGCAAAAGUCCCGUUUUAUUUUGAAAGCAGUUUUGAACCUUCAAAAUCAGAUUUUUUGCGAGAGUUAAAAUGAUACGGUAUGGGAAUCCUUUCAGUUUGAGUACAUUUCUAUUUUGACUUUACCUCAGCUAAUGGUUUGGUAAUGUAAAGGACACAUUAUUUUUAUCUUGAUGAUAACAACAUUAUACAGUGGAUUUUUAGAGAGUUUUUCAUUUCUGUUGAUUUACGUAACCCACCAUGUAAUACUGUUACCAAUAAACACAUCCCAAAAUGUG